AACGCAUCAUGUCUAGGGUUCCAGAUAUAGGGAAUAAGUGAGCGUGGUCAUCAGAUUUUAUUCGUCGAUGUGGAAUUACAAUGCACAUUCAUAUUUUUGUAAGCUCAGAUAGUGGGCAGACCUACAUAUUUUCAGUGCUGACGCACAAUAUCUAUAUAUACAUCUUAAAGUUAAGAUUCCAAGGCAUCUGGAGCAAACAUCUCUUGAUAUCAUGAAUGCCUUCAGUACUUCAGGUUGCAAGUAUAAAUAGGGCAUGGACCUGCACUCAUCAGUUCACCAAGUUCACAUUCGAGGCCAAAUCAGCUUCCAUACUCUAGAGAGAGCUGGCUUUAGGGGUUAUAGGGCAAAAGCUAUAUCAGCUGUUAGCAAGCAAUCGUCAGGGUACUUUCACCUGUGAACCGAAGUCAUCUUGCCGAACUCCUUCCUUUCUCAUUUCAGUCCUCGCCUUUUUCAUCUUCCGCAGGGGCCUUUAGUCUUUUGAUUAGAGUAGAAGCCUACUAAAAAAAGACUCUGGAGCGCAACCUCUUCUUACUUAACACCUCAAAAUAAUCAUUCCCCACAAACCAUGUCAAGGGAUCCACUAGUCGUAGGACAUGUUGUUGGUGAUAUUUUGGAUCCAUUUAUCAAAUCAGCAUCACUUAGGGUUCUAUACAGCAACAAGGAACUGACCAAUGGAUCUGAGCUCAAGCCGUCACAAGUACCAAAUGAACCAAUGAUUGAAAUUGUUGGGCGCGACACGAGGAACCUUUACACUCUGGUAAUGGUGGAUCCAGACUCGCCAAGUCCAAGCAACCCAACAAAAAGAGAAUACCUUCAUUGGUUGGUGACAGACAUCCCAGAAUCAACAAAUGCUAGCUAUGGAAAUGAAGUUAUCAGUUAUGAAAGCCCAAAGCCAACUGUUGGAAUACACCGCUUUGUCUUUGUACUCUUCCGCCAAUCUGUCCAGCAAACUGUUUAUGCACCAGGAUGGAGAUCAAAUUUCAACACACGAGACUUUUCUGCACUUUAUAGUCUUGGACCUCCUGUGGCUUCAGUGUUCUUCAAUUGCCAAAGGGAGAAUGGGUGUGGAGGCAGAAGAUACAUUAGAUAAAUACCAGAUCACUGAUAAUGCUCUGCAAGAAGGAAUUUAAUUAAAUGUGAGAAGAUGCACAAGGUCAAGCACAUCGCAAAGCGAUAGAAUGCUGGGCCUUGAAAUGUAGCUUCAUUUGAAAAUUACUUUGCCACAUCUGCAAGUGUAGAACAAGACACUUGGAGAAUGAAAGCUUACAAUCUCAUCGUCUUGGACAACUGUCUACAUCUUCAUUUCUUCAGCAAGGGAAACUUGAUGAUGACGUAUACAAAAAAAUUACUGUUCCAGUCAUGUUCAAAAGCAGGUAGCCAGAUGAUACCCUUCAUCAAACUAACAAGUUGGCUGCAGGG